AUGUCUCUUUUCACUUCUCUCUGGCUGUGGGAAGGUGGUCCUCCUGGUCGAAAAACACCGUCCAGAAAAGAAACCGACGGGAAAGCUUUGCAUGUUUUCGUACAGUCCCUUCACACUUAAAACAUCUCCAAAUCAAACCAUGAAACUCCGGAAUUGACACAAAAUGUUGCCAACAAAGGAAGUGAUGGCUUUGACUUGUUUGUCUUCGGGAAUAAAGUUGGGAAACUACGAGGUGAAAAUGGAGAGCCCAGCUGAGUGAGAGUGGGGUGAGGAGGCUGGAUUUGGCAAAGUUGGGAGUCCUGCCCUGCUGCUAGCAGGCUAGUUAGCAUGCUCACACACUUCGCUGUCUCGGAUAAGUAAUGAGGUGAGAUGAAGCUUCCCUCCACUGUUCUCCAGCCUGUGAUUCUCCAGGGGAGCUGCGUUAUCUGUGGCAAGACCGCUGCUGACAUUACAGCUUCUCCCAAUGGAUCGGAGCAGAGUUGACGAUCUUAUUUUCUGUGGAGGUUCUGCCUGAAUCUUUCAGCAUUUCUGCUAAAGGCAACCGCACUUGAACUUGUUUUAGAGAACCCCUCUCCCUCCCCUGCCCUGAUCAGUCAUGUUUGUGUCAUGAGCAUCGAUACUAACUAUGCUCAUGCAUUUUUCUCUCAAACAUUCAACAAAUUAUGCCAUCUGAGAUGGGGCCCUGGUAGGUUCUUUAAGGGGCUUGAGGUAACCCCUGCCUGACGACUGUACAACCUGGCUGUGUGUGCUAGAUCCACUGGCACGGGCCUAUAAAAUAAUAUUGUAACAAAAAGACAACCAGUAACACAGUACUUGCUGAUGGAACCGAGACACACAACGUGCUUGCCCAAAAUAUAUUCGUGAACUUUUGGACUUUUUAAACUGGACUUAAGUGGAUGUAUCAGGUGUAUUCAUGAACUGUGACUGCUGAUGCUAGCUCAUUGGGACUUGAGUGGGUGUAAUCGGCUUUAUUCAUGAACCCUCUGUCUGAGUCUGGAUACAGCCUGGAUGUUGGAUGCCCUGACUGUGUUGAAUCAGCUGUUGCGGUGAUGAGGCAGGGCUCCUGGUGGCCUGUGUGGCUGGCUGGGCAGUGGCCCAAGGUGAUGUGAUGGGGUGCAGGAACAGUAAGGUCCUCCCUGAGCCUCCAGGGGAUGUUCAGUUGGACCUGGUCAAAAAGGUUGAUCCUCCCCAACCUCCUCAGACAGAUAUUUAUAAGCACUUCAUACGAGGGGAUGGCACUAGGAGCAAGAUGGGUGGGGCUGGUGGAGGGGGAGGUGACAAGGCUGACUCCACCUCCCCAUAUCAGGCCCAGGCCCACGCUGCCACUCCCACCGCUUCCGCUCAGCACCCUAAGGAGCCGUCUGAACUGUCGGACCCUCAGCGGAAGAAGGUGGCAAAAUAUCGAGCCAAGUUUGACCCCCGGGUCACAGCCAAGUACGACAUCAAAGCUCUGAUAGGUCGUGGGAGUUUUAGCCGGGUCGUUCGCGUGGAGCACAAGAGCACGCGGCAGCCGUAUGCCAUCAAGAUGAUUGAGACCCGUUACCGGGAGGGGAGGGAGGUGUGCGAGUCAGAGCUGUGCGUUCUGCGACGCGUUCGUCAUACCAAUAUAAUCCAGCUGAUGGAGGUCUUUGAGACGGCAGAACGUGUCUACAUGGUGAUGGAGCUGGCCACUGGAGGAGAGCUCUUUGACCGGAUCAUUGCUCGCGGCUCCUUCACAGAGCGGGACGCCACGCGGGUGCUGCAGAUGGUGCUGGAUGGCGUCAAGUAUCUCCACACUUUGGGGAUCACUCACCGAGACCUGAAGCCGGAGAACCUGCUCUACUACCACCCUGGAGCCGAUUCCAAGAUCAUCAUCACUGACUUUGGUUUGGCCAGUAGCAGGAAGAAGGGGGACGAGUGUCUGAUGAAGACCACCUGCGGCACGCCAGAGUACAUCGCCCCUGAGAUCCUGGUGAGGAAGCCCUAUACAAACGCUGUAGACAUGUGGGCGCUGGGGGUGAUAUCGUACAUCCUGCUGAGUGGAACCAUGCCCUUUGAGGACGACAACCGCAUGAGGCUCUACCGGCAGAUCCUCAAGGGGAAGUACAGCUUCUCUGGAGAGCCGUGGCCCAGCGUGUCCAACCUGGCCAAAGACUUUGUGGAGCGGAUUCUAACAGUGGACCCCAGCGAGCGGCUCACAGCUGGCCAGGCCCUCAAGCACCCCUGGAUUGUCAGCAUGGCUGCUGCCUCCUCCAUGAAGAACCUUCAGCGCUGUAUAUCUCAGAACCUCCUGAAGCGGGCGUCCUCACGCUGCCACAGCACCAAGUCGGCCCAGUCCACUCGCUCCAGCCGCUCCACCAAAUCCAACAAAGCCCGGCGGGUGCGAGAGAAGGAGCUGCGCGAGCUGAACCGUCGCUAUCAGCAACAGUACAAUGGCUGAAACAGGGACCAUGACAGCCAACAACUGUAGCGGACCUAUUAUUUUUGGGGCAAACAGCAUUACAAUGACUGAAUUUUUACAAUGACUACCACCAUCCAAAGUUGCUGCCAAAGUUAGAGGCCAAAAUGGCUUUAAGUUCAUUGCCUUAAGAGGACAAUGACUUGACUCAAUCCAUGGCCAGCAAAAGUAGAAUUAAGGUUGAAAAGUAACUGCUGCCAGUUGGGACUAUAGAACAAAUCAAAAAUUAUCAUGAAGACAAUGUAAUCUAUGAAUUCCUAUGGCAGUGUGUCUCCUGAUGAGCACAGAAAAGGACAAACCAGUUAAGUUUUGAACUCCAAAGGUUACAUCAUCUCUCCAUCCGUUCUUUCACUUUUUCUCUGGCAGGAUGGUGCCUUCCACUCCUUUGCUUUUGUUCUUUUGAUCCCUGUGUUUCUACAUAUUUAUUUAUUAUUGUUGACAUGAUUAUUAGUCUCCAUUCAAAUGGUCACUGGAUAAUGACCUUCCACAAGGAUCUGUUGAACAGAGUUCUGGGUACUGAAGUUUCUAAGAAAGGAAUACUUUAAGAAGAGGGGAAAACAAAUUCCCCUCACUCAUUCCUGAUUGAAAAUUGCUGUGAAUUUAUUACUGUACUAAUUGUACAGACCUUGUCUUGUGGGUAAUGGAAACACACUGCAACAAAACCACACCCUUGAAGGUCAAAAUGAAGGCGUAGUUUUUAUUAGUCAAUUCUAAGCUCAUCUAAUCUUGCCAUUAUUGCUCUGUUAAUAUCAUUGUUCUAAAGCUGUCAAAAGAUUGUGAAGCUGUUUUGUGUCCAAGUUUAAUCUUAAAUGAAUUGUAUUAAACAACCACAUAGCCCCACUCCCAAAGAUUUUUAUCGAUCAGUAGUUUCAUUGUUGGUUACGGUGAGAGUGGUACAUGUUGCAUGCAACAACGAAAAUCUGUUGCACCAGCUCUUUGUCAAAGUUAGCCUAGUUAUAACAUUAGUGUUUACAAAGUGGAGUUUUACACAUCACUAAAUUAAAACAGCUUGCAGCACACAAACUAGUUCUUACAUAGAAAUGAGAUACUACUAAAUAUUAAUUACAACCUGUUCCAUAGCAAACUGAACCCACUGACAAAGCUAACGUUAGCUUGCUAAUAUAUGACCUGUUUAGAUUGAAGAGUAAAAGAGAUAUCUGAAGAGGAAGACUUUAAAUUGCAUUUCACAAAAGAACAAUAUACCUGAAAUUACAAAAUAUUAUGCCAAAAAAUACAAUGAUCAUUUUAGCUAGGUUAGCAUAAUUGGAUCUUUUCCACUCACUCAAAACUGCAUGAAUAGUACCAGUUUAGUUUAAGAGAUUACUGAAUUAGAGUUACUGAAGUCUUUAAGAGCUUAGACAUUUCUUCAGUUUUAAUGGUGCAACUCGAUUUAGUAAAUCACUAGUUUGAAACUAGCUAGUAGCUAUUAAUAACUUAGGAAGGACUGAAGUCACAAACGUAUUAAUAGAUUUACGAAUAGCUGGUGCAACCCAACCCAAGUCCUGCCAUCUUUCCUAGCUAGCCUCUGUUCUGCCACCAUCUGUAACUCACUGGGUUUUCUCAUAAGAAUUUCUUUCAUCGGUCUUGUUAACAUUCAGCAACAACAUAUCCCACCUGUAUCAGCCAUUGGCAUGCUGUUUAUGUAAUUGUAAUUUUUUCCUUAAAAUGACAAAGUGUUCAAACCUUACUAGCCAUUUAACACAGAAUAUGGAGAGGAAAUCCCAGGAACGUGAUUCUGCUAGUGGGACAGAGGCUAACUAGGAAAGGGGAGGCGUCAGCAUUUUCUUCAGUUCUACAGUAGUUCUUAAGAAGGUUGUGGGGAGCCUGCAGAAAAACAACCGCACUAAAUUUGCAUACUACACUCAUGACCAAAAUGAAACCACUGAAGAUGAUGAGCAGCAUGUAGAGGUGAAUCAAAUGACCAUUAGUAUAUAUGAUUUAUAAAAGAUUCUGAAUUACAAAACCUAGCACAUGCAAUUUUAUGCAGAAGUCUUCUUAAGUUUGCAAAGGUUACCUUUGGUUUGUAAGUGCACUUAAAUCUGAAUAUAUUCCAAUAGCUUCCUUAGAGAUGAACUCUAGUUUGUCAAAUCCACAAUAUUGAUAGUAAAAGAACAAUGGAUUGCUCUCUUAAUUCUGCCAUUUUCAGUCUGGCUCAUAACCCAGUCCAAUGCAGUCCAAUAUCUAUCGUGUGAUAUGAGACUAGGGAUUUUGGUUUUCGUAAUAUUGUGUUAUAGUUUAAAUGGUAAAAAGCUGCAUUACAGUAAAGUGAAUUUUCAAAGUGAAAUGAAUAAUGAAUGCAACUGUUUGUUCAUCAUAUCCAUGUUUAAAUGAUUUAUUGCAAAUGAUUCAUCCCUAACAUGGUCAAAAUAAUGUGAUAUUUGAUUAUUGAAUAAUACCAAAAGUAGCACAACUUCAGAAAAAUAGGUGGUGAUUAUUUGCCUUUUUUGCUUUUGUUCCCCCUUUAAUCUGGUGAAGCACUUCAUCCAUACAAUUAAAUUGAAUUUUGUUAGUUUUUACAAUUGCAGUCUUCCUCUUCAUCGGACCUGUUCACUGUAUUUUUAUGUAUUUUGUCCCUUCAGAACGCUCCCAGAGUAAAUCAGUUGUUACAGUGUGGUCUUUUCUUCUUUAUAGGAGCAUUUAGCUGUGAUCUACCCCAGACUUAAAAAGUGUGUUGCUGUUGUGAACUUUUUAACACAUACUGGAAACCUAAUGAGCCAUGUCAGCUGACCUCAGUUUUUCCUUUCUUUUUGUCUUUUGUCCUUUGCUUGUUCCAGGAUUCUCUGUCAUCUUCCAGAUGCUGCUCUUUCCAUUUUCCUUGAUACAAGUCAGAUUUAAAAGCUUGUUUUCCUUUGUCCCACAGCUGUUAUCUGUCCUGAUGUCACACCUCUUGGUGGGACUAAAGUGCUUAUAAAUGACCGUUGGUGAGGCUAACAUUGGGACUGGUAUUCAUUAAAGUACAUUAAAAUAUUCACUCUUGUCUACAUUUUGAGAGAUACCCCACCCAAAAUGUGUUGACAUCAAACACACAGUCUGUAGGCUUGAAAAGUGCAUUUAAAAAGUGCUUCACAGAAAACAGCUGUGGUCAUCUUAAAAGAAAGAAUUUGGAUAAAGUUUCACUUUAAGUCUCAUCCUUUUUUCAACAUACAGUAUAAUGAGGUGGCCUUAGUUCUGAUGGUUAGUUCAUUGAUUGCUCCUAGAGCAUAGCAUCUAUAUGAAAGAAACAUUUUUAACCUGUAAAAUCUCAGCUCUAAGACAUUUGGGCUCAAAGGAAUUGCUGUGGUUGAAUUAGUCAGCAACAUCAUUGAGUGCCUGUUGUAUACCAUGUUCAAUGAAUAACCAAAUCAAUUUCAUUAGCAGUAUUUGCAGAAUGUCAGCACAUUUGUAGACGUGUUUCCUUUCAUGUUUUUAUAUAUCUGUGUGAUUUUAUAUAAAUGCUGUCGUCCUAAAUGAAGUAGCCAACUCAACACUGUUACCUGAAAACAGUUGUUCAUCUUUUGUUUUUGUGUCUAAAUGAAUGAUAACACUUUGAUUCUUCCACCAUUAACGUUUUUAUUUUUUUAAACGGUGAGUUUUAUGUGCCAAUAAAACACUCAAACCUGA